UCUUUCAGUCGGACUGUUUUUGCUGCAGUGAACGGUAGCCGUGGAGAGCGCGCGCUAGAGAGAGAGCGAGAGAGCGACACCGGGAGAGAGAGAGCGAGACCCCGCGUGAGAGAGUGAGGGAGUGAGAGAAAAGCAGACAAGAAAAGAAAAACAAGGAGCAGCGGAGGGAGGCACGAGCACGGAGACCGGAGCGAGAGCGAGCUGCUGGCCGGAGCGCGAGCGCGGCAUCACGGUUGCACGUUCUUGAGCACCGCAUCCUCGGGUCUCGUGAGGUUUUAAGCUCCGCAUCCACUGUCGGACGGACGAGAGAGCGCGCGCGAGUGAAUAUGGCAUUCCCAGCAUUCCCAGCAUUCCCGCUGUCCGCGCUCAUCGCCCUGACGCUCCUCGCGGCGUCGGUUCAGAGCAGCUACGUCUACGAUGAGGAAGACCCGUAUCAGCCGGUGACCUCAGACGAGACGGUGGCUGUGGGGGGCACAGUGACCCUGACCUGCCACGUAGCCGAGAGUGAUAACUCCUCACUGCAGUGGUCCAACACGGCUCAGCAGACCCUCUACUUCGGAGAGAAAAGAGCUCUGAGAGAUAACCGGAUCCAGCUGCACAAGUCCACGCCCACAGAGCUGUCAAUCACCAUCUCAGACGUGCAGUUGUCAGACGAUGGAGAGUACACCUGCUCCAUCUUCACCAUGCCUGUACGGACUGCGCGAGCCACCGUCACUGUGCUGGGUGUUCCUGGUAAGCCAUUGAUAACAGGGUUUGAGGACGCGGUGAAGGAGGGGGACAGUAUAAUUCUGACCUGCAGCAGCACAGGCAGUAAACCCCCCGCUGAACUGCACUGGUACCGAGGAUCUGAGAGACUGGAGGGUCGCCCCAACAUGGUGGAGUCCAACCCUAAUGAGCCGACCUACACAGUGAGCAGCUCUCUGGAGCUUCCUGUAACCAGAGACGACAACAACGCCAUGAUCGCCUGUGCUGUAGACCACCCGUCCAUCUCCAACGGAGACAAGAGGACAGAGCAGCCCCUCAGCGUGCUGUUCUCUCCAAGUGUGACGAUCAAGCCUGAGAACGACCUGCCCAGAGAGGGGGAGAAGUUUUACCUGCAGUGUGUGGGCUUCGGAAACCCAGAGCCCACACUCUUCACCUGGAAGAAGAAAGAAGGAGAGCUCCCCCCGCAGGUGAAGGCCGACGGCGCGUUCCUGCGCUUCGAGGCUCUCAACAAAUCAGAUAACGGAGCUUACCUGUGCCAGACGGACAACGGCAUCGGCGAGGGCGAGCAGGAGUACACGCUGCACGUGCAAGACGAGGAGGAUUCCAACCUCCUCUUCCCCACUUUCACUUCUCCUCCUUCAACUCUCUCCUCCUUUCCCUUUUCCUCACUCUCUCCCUCCUCUAUCCCUCCACAACCUUCUACCUUUCCCACUGACGACUCCUCCACUUCUCCUUAUCCAAGCCUACCCUCAUCUCUUCCUCCGUCCACUGUUUACUCUUCUACUCCUACUUCUUCUUCUUCUUCUUCUCCUCCUUCUCUCCUGCCGACUUCCUUCUCUCCGUCUCUUCCUGGUUCCACCUUCCCUCCCUCCAAAUUUCCCUCUACCACUCUCUCCAACUCCCUCUUUCCUGACCUCUCUCCACCCAGUGCUUCUUCCUCCCCUGAUUCCCCUCCCAGUCCUCCUCCCUCCUUCCCUUCUUCCCCUGCUCCCUCGCUCCCUCGCUCCACCCUCACUCCAUCCGCGGUUACUCAGCAGAAUGGAGUGUCCAUUACAGCCACAGACAACGCAGGUAUUGCAGACCCCACAGCCAUGUCCACCUCUUCAGUAGACCACGCUGUGAUUGGAGGAGUGGUGGCCGUCAUUGUCUUCAUCAUGCUCUGCCUGCUCAUCGUCUUCGGCAGAUACCUCAUCAGACACAAAGGUACGUACCUCACCCACGAAGCCAAGGGUUCGGACGACGCGCCGGACGCCGACACGGCCAUCAUCAACGCAGAGGGCGGCCACUCCGGCGCAGAGGACAAGAAAGAGUACUUUAUCUAAACAUCCCGCCAUCGCUCCAUCCUUUCUUUCUUCCCUCGCUUCAGUUCCUUUUGUCCAGAGGAAGUUGAAGAAGAACAACAAGAGGAUGAUGAGGGGGAAGGACGAGUGAAGAAAAGAAUAGAAGAUACACAAAAAAAAAGGAAAUAGUGGAACUGAAGAGCGAAUAAAAUGAACAGUUGCAGUCUGUUGUGAACCGGGAAGGGAGUUCUGCGCUGACACAGAGGAUUCAUUUCACACUCGAGAGAACAUAAACACAAACACACACUAAUACACACUUAUACACAGCUGGCAUACACACACACACACACCUCAAAUUCACUUUUAACAAAGGCAAUAUGAUGGAAAACACACAUUCUUCAUUAACCAUUAAUCCAUAUACAGUAUAAAAAGGGGACAUGCUGUACAAUUCACUGCAUGUACAUUAAACCAUUUAUAGUGUUUACACACACACACACACACACACACACACAUCAAUAAACACACUCAUCUCCCUUUGUUUCAGUUAUCACACUUAUCCCCACCAUCUCAACCAAUCACACACACACACACACCAAACCAAGCAGAGCGUCCCCUUAUCCUCACCUAAUUAAACCAACCCAGUAUGAGCUGAACAGCCCACUCCUCGCAAUACCACCCACACACAGACAGACAGACGGACAGACAGACAAGCACACACACACUACACACAAAGCAUCCUCACACAUUCACUCGAUACAAUCAUGCAAAAACAGCGUGUGUGCUGUCACUGUACGAAACCCCAGUAUAAAUGUAUAAAUAUAUAAAUAUAUAUAUAUGAUUAUAUAGCAUUGUUUUUACUUGAGAGAAACGUUCAGUGUGCUGUAAAUAUACUCUCUACCAUUCCUGCUCUCUCUCUUUCUCUCUCUCUCUCUCUCCCAUAUAUUCCUUCUGUCUGUCUCUCUCUCUCUCUUCUUCUGUCUACAGCAUAUCUGUCUCUCACUCUGUCACUCCCCUCCAUCUCUGCUCUUUCCCUCUCUCUCUCAUUUCUCUUUCUCACUAUCUAUCUAUCUAUCUAUCUAUCUAUCUAUCUAUCUAUCUAUCUCUCUCUCUCUCUCUCUCUCUCUGUGUUUCAGUGUCUCAUAUUGCAGUAUAUACUCUAAAAGCCUGCCUGGUUUUUCUUACAUGCGUAAAAAUGCAUCAAGUUUAAACAAGAAAAAAAAAAGAUAAUUAUCGAUAUCUGGAGUGCGAAAAAAAAAAAAGAAAUCUGUUGGUAUGAAAAUCUUCGGUGCUGCAACUGUUUGUACGAGUUUUUGUUCUCCUCCAGUUGGGUUUCUGGUGUAACUGUUGGUGCCGCGGUUCUCAGUGUCAGCUGUCAUCCCAGGAAGAUUUAUUUUUAUUAUUAUUAUUACUAUUGAUUAUUAUUUUAUUAUUAUUAUAAAUCAUUCUCCCAGAAAAAAAAACUCAGAACAGCUCAUCCCAUUUCAUCCCUAACUGUGAUCAGUUAAUGACAUCACUUCCUGUGCUUUAACGGCAGGUUCACUCAGUCAAAGCAGGGUAAAGCUGCAUGUGCAAACAAACAAACAAGAAGCUACACUCUUCUGUUUACUGUACUCUCUCUCUCUCUCUCUCUCUCUCUCUCUUCCUUUCUCUCUUUAUCUCUCUCUCUCUCUCUCUCUGUCUGUCUCUCUGUGCCGUCUGUCUAAGUUCCUCUUUAUUUUCCUACAGUAACUCUUUUAUGACAGUAUUGUUCUCCAGUAUUAACGGCUGUUUAAAGCUCACCUCUUGAACACCAGUGAGGUGUUAUUACAGCUCAUUUCAGAACUGGGUCAGUAGCCACUGGACACCUGACCCGAGAUCAGUGUUCUGCUGAGGUGCUGUUUAUUUACACAGCAGGAGCCUGAGAUCAACCCAGAUCUUAUUUUAGUUUUAUAGCUACUGUUUCAGUGUGUUUUCAUUCGCUAGGGCUAGAAUUAAUGUGGUGGGGAUCUAAUCCACCCAGUUUGAGUUUAUAAAAGGACACUAUUGGUCAGGAGUUUUAGAAACAAUGUUCUAAAUGUUUCCGGAUCCAAAUAAGACUGUGUUCACACUGCAGGAGUGAUUAGGAGUGAUUAGAUUAGAUCGGAUUGGAUUUGCCUGUCUGGACAUCACAAGCGCAUCUGCAUGAGUUGCUGUGUCACUUCUGUCACUCUGAAUUUGAUUUGAUGAGGUCGUUGUUUGUUUGCAUGCUGUGAGUGAUGCAAAAAAAAAAACACGUUACAAUCUGAUCAAAGCUUCCAGAGCAUCCGGAUUAAAAACGCUGUAAGACUGUGAUCACAUUUCAAACCUCCUCUAAAGUGGUUUAGAUCGGGUUUGCAAAAUGUGGUUUCAGGCUGUUCACACUAUUAUAAAUCAGUUUGGAUAUAAUCUAGAUUGGGCUGGUCGCUGCGUUUACACUGCUCUGUCGCGUCAAGCACAGCGUUAUAUCCCAUUUAUUUUAACUUUAUGCAAAUGAAUCUGUUCAACGCAAUGCAUCUAUCCAAUCAGAGAGCAGGUGUUUGCCUGAUACAUGUCAGUAUACGUCUCAGUGCUACCACUUUAAAAUAAAGCUUCUUUAUGAAGCCUUUAUAAAUAGUUUACAAAGGAGUUUAUUAAUGGUUAUAUCACUAAUUAGGUUAUAAACCAUUAAUAAGCAGUUAUAACACAUAAAUAGAAAGGGCAACAAAUAAUGAUUUUACAUUAAUUUAUACUGCUAAAGCUCUUUUCUGUUAAUAACUUUAAAAAUAUAUAAUUUAUCUAUAAUAAAAUAUUAAAUGACUUAACUAACUUUCUAAAUUAUUUUAGUAGAUAUUGUCACUGUCCAAUGGGAAACAAGUAUUUCCAAAGUAGUCUCCACUUUCCAGGAGAGAUAAAAAAAACCUUGUAAACUUUUAAUGGAAGUCAAUGUAAAACGAGUUUAUUUCAGGUCAUUUUGAAGAGUUUCUAUUGGUCCGUUCACUAAGAAAUUUUGGCACAGUGUACGGGACAGUGGAGAUGCUUGUUUUUCAUUGGACAGCAAUUAAAGUGUUUACAACUUAAGUUAUAACCUUUAUUGAACUUCUUUUCAGACUAUGCAUAAAGGAGCCUUAUUUUAAAGUGGUCCCUAUUUUAGUUCCGCUUUCAAGCGUCCAGAGAAGUAUGGAAAAGAAGUUUCAGAGAUUGUUGGGGUCUCUGGAGGGUUUUAAAAAAAUAUUAAUAUAUAAUUUAUAAAAAUUUAAUUGGCAAAUUUUGCUUUUGUUAGCCUAUAUGCUGGUCACUAGACUGAAGUGUUAUGAAGCUCAAUCAAAGCUCACAUUUAUAUAUAUAUAUAUAUAUAUAUAAAUAUACAUUAAUGUUUAUUAGUUCAUAGGAAAUUAAGCUUGUAUAAAACCAAUUCCAAUUUUUUCUUUUUUUUAAUGAUUUCAUUGGACGACGCAAGGAACCGCUUUGUAACGCCCCUUUAAUGCAUCAGAGCAGUGUAAACGCAGCAUUAGACGCUCUUGUACUGGACCUCAUCCUGCCUAAUUUCAUAGAAUAUGGGACUAUGGGAAGUCUUGUGUCCCAUGACUUUUGCCGUGUCUCACAGAAGCUAAAGAGUGCUGCACCUGCGGGAUAUUAGUGUGGACUCUCAUACAGUGAACAUGUGAAUGCGAUUUUGGGUGUGUAUAAAUAAAAAUGAUCCUUUUUAAUUCACAACUUUAUUACUGCUUACAUUUGAACCAUUUAAAGAUAUUAAUUGGACUUCAACGUGAACGUCUUGCUUAAAUGUCAGUAAAAAAUGUGUGAGGGUUUUCUAAACUUUUUGACCAAUAGUGUACCUGUUUAUUUUGUAUUUUUAGUGUAGAUAAUGGAGCUGUUCCAGUCUAACCUAUGGGCAUCUUGGCUCAUCCAAGACAAGGACUGUGUUAAAGCAGGGAGUUAGUCCCCCAGUUAGGCCUCCCUUCUAUUGGACCUAAUUUGCAAUUACAAUCUAUCGCCACUAGAGGUCAUCUUUUGUUCAUCUUUCUCAUCCAUCUCUCUCUCUCUCUCUCUCUCUCUCUCUCUUUAUCUCAUACAGGUAGCAGAAUAUUGUGAUGCACCUUGUUAGUGGUGGAUCAUUAUCUUUUUUUUCGGCGAUUUUAUGUUUUAUUUUUUGAUCUUAUGUCAGUCGUUUACUUUUAUGUUCUUGGUUUUUGUAGCUGUGCACAUGUGUAACUCUUCUGUUUACAGUCUUUAUUUUUUUGUGAAAGUAGGUGUUUUAGAGUCGAAGGUGUAGAAGAGUAGAGUUUCUGUGACUCCGAUGUUUUCAAGCUCACCGUUUUUUUUUUCUAUGAGUUCGUGUAAAUAGUGUUGCCUCGACCACACUCUUUAUUAACUGAGCGCGCUCACUCUUCAACACACUCCUCCAACACACACCGACAUGCCCAGGAGGGGGUGUGCGUCCGCGCGCAUGUGUGUGUGUGUGUGUUAGUGUGAAAGAUGUUCAUGACAGUGUCAUCUCCAGCGAAAAACAAAGGAAACACUGCGUGUUCUUACCCCCCUCCCCCCCUCCUACGAGUUUUGUUAGUCUGAACGUGUUUGUUUACGUUAUUUUUGAAUGCAAAGUCUUCCUUUCAAUAAACCUCCGUCCCUCCCGGAUCUCCUGCUCUUCCUUUACUUAAAGCUCCACCCCAAAUCACAUGACCAUGGGGGCUCUGUGUGGGUCGCCUAACUUUAUAUAUAAGUGAUCAAGAAUCCAAAUCACGAGGGGUCAACAUGGAACUACUGCCUGUUUAAAUCCAGGUUCAUGCUGAUCAGAGCAUCAGUGGCCGGAGUCAGAGACAGAGAGUACAGAGAGAAUUGACCGUGCUGUCUUUGAGUGGGUAGAUGCAUUACUAGUGACAUGUGAAGUUCAUUUGAAUUGGAAUUAGAUUACUGGUCUUCCAAAAUUAGAAAGAAAAUUUUAUAAACAUGGGCACCAUUUGGUAAGCUUAAAUUGUGAUGUCAUAGAUGAUCCAAAUCAAAAUCCGGCUCAUUGUUUGGAUCAGAAGGGGUUAACAUGCCCCCCACCCCCACCAGGGUGCUCUGAGUGGUCCAGAUCCUCAGUGAUUGCUGGUUUAAACGCUUUUCAGAUCAUGCUACAUGGCAUCAGCAGCCAGAGUCCAAGAGAGCAUAGUUGGUCACGCUCUCUCUGGGUGGGUAGAUGGCGCUCUCUCUCCCCCCUUAUUUUCUUUAAUCUGUGAGCACAGGUCUCUAGCUUUCCUCCAAGUGCUCUGACUACUCAGUGAUCAGAAAAGAGGCGGAGUCUGACUUCUGACUUGUAUCGGAGGAGGCAUGUGCUGGUUUCACAGUCCUGGUGUUGGGAGCAUUGCUACAGAUAGACGAAAGUUAUAUAUUUAUAUUUAUAUUUAUAUAAAUGAGUCGUUUGGUAAUCUUCUUUCCAUACUAAGGAAUAAAUAGCAUAAAAUUAUAAACAAAAUAAAGAUAAACAGUAAAACACUUAUACAAACCCGCUCAGAAACCCCCCUAUAGGCCAUGUUCCACCCAUGUGAGCCCCACCUGAGCAUGCUGGCUCCUCCAUCCUUCCUGGAUGUCCUGCUCUUCCUGAAACUAAAGCUCCGCCCCUUCCUCCGUUAUGUUCUGUCACCUUACGGCUGAUGGUGUCAGCUGAGCGGGGCAGUGCUGGCCGUGUGUUUAUGGGUUUAGUUGGGUCUGUUUGAACAGUCUGUAAUUUGUGUUUUGUUAAAUAAAAAAGUUGAGUUGAUAACUUCGAAAUAAAUGUGCAUAUUUGGGUUAAA